AUGUAGUACAUUUGGCGGGGGGGAGGGGUCCUUUGUUUUUGCUUUCACCUUUCUAUGUUACUUUUUGUCAGGUUUGACUCAGUCCACUCAUCUCUUGGUUUAUUUUAUUCGGAUACACUUUCUUAUCCUGUGUUAACGUUUUCUCAGCAAAUGUUUAGAAACUUUAACAGAGUGUUGUGGGGUUUUCCUUAGGUUGAGAGGUUGCUGUUGGCAACCAAUUAUCCAGCAGUUAGUAUAUGCCAGAUAUAACCCAUGUGUUGGGGAAGCAAUGCGUAGAGGUAAAUAAGAACUGUGCCUACCUGAUGGAAAUUGACAGGUGAACAGGUCGUUAAUACCUGUUAGUGCUAUAAAGGGGUCAAGUUCAGUGCUGUGAAGUAUCAAUGCGUGAGCUAGCCUCCGUGAAAGGCUUAUCAGCGCUGCACUUUUGAUUGGCGUUGAAGAAUGAUGAUAAUUCUUAAUUCUUCCACAGAUGGAAGAGCAUUGCUUGCAGAGAAGCAUGUGCUGAGGAAGCGAAUUACACUGUUUGAGGCGGAAAGAUGGGAUAGGGAAGUAGGCAGUAGUAGUGAUAGUUUAGGGGGGGAAACCCAGUUGGUAAACCACUUGUAUAUGUUGCUAAGGAAUAUUUUGGAAACCGUUAUUAUUUUGUGUGGAGGUUCAAGUAGAAGGGAUGUAGAACUAUAUUUUUUCCUAAGAUUGAAGAAACGAGUUUCUGACUUCUUUUAAUGGGUUCUGCUGAGUUCCUUGGGGAAGCGGCUGAGUUCUUUGGGGAAGAAGAGGAGAUUUUUGUCCUAGGACUCUGAAUUACUUUUACUCAUGUGAAUCUUCUGGUGCAUUCUCUGACACAUAGAGGAGGUCUUCAGUAUCUGGUGCUCAUUUCUAAAUUCACAUUUAAGGUUAUACAACAGGUAGGUUUCAGAAAACUCGUAUUCUGGUGCUCUUUUAUUAACUAAAACUUUGGGGACAGGUUUUAUUUUCACUUUUUAGGAUGAGUUUUUUUUAUUGUUGUUUAAAUCAUUUUCUUAUUUCAUUUGAUCCUCACGUUAUCUGCCUUAGCAGAUGAGAUGAUAUGGCUUGAAUAGUCUAAAAAACAUUUAUAUUUGCUUUUGAAAAGUUUUUUUGUUUGUUUUUGGAUACAGGGCUUUCCUCUAUUAUCCAGUCUGGAAUACAGUGGCGCAAUCAUAGCUCGCUGUAACUUGGAACUCCUGGGCUCAAGCCAUCCUCCCAUCUUGGUCUCCGAAAACAUUGGGAUUACAGGCAUGAGCCACUGCGUCCUGUCCUGGAAUAGAGGUUUUAACCUUAGGAUUUAAAAAUAGGAGUAUACCUCACAGCCUUCUAGGAUCUCCAGAGUGGACAGGAAUCUCACUUGGAGGGACCAUGGAGCAGUAUACAGCAAACAGCAAUAGUUCGACAGAGCAGAUUGUUGUCCAGGCAGGACAGAUUCAGCAGCAGCAGCAGGGUGGUGUCACUGCUGUGCAGUUGCAGACUGAGGCCCAGGUGGCAUCCGCCUCAGGCCAGCAAGUCCAGACCCUCCAGGUAGUCCAAGGGCAGCCAUUAAUGGUGCAGGUCAGUGGAGGCCAGCUAAUCACAUCAACUGGCCAACCCAUCAUGGUCCAGGCUGUCCCUGGUGGACAAGGUCAAACCAUCAUGCAAGUACCUGUUUCUGGAACACAGGGUUUGCAGCAGAUACAGUUGGUCCCACCUGGACAGAUUCAGAUCCAAGGUGGACAGGCUGUGCAGGUGCAGGGCCAGCAGGGCCAGACCCAGCAGAUCAUCAUCCAGCAGCCCCAGACAGCCGUGACUGCUGGCCAGACUCAGACACAGCAGCAGAUUGCUGUCCAGGGACAGCAAGUGGCACAGACUGCUGAAGGGCAGACCAUCGUCUAUCAGCCAGUUAAUGCAGAUGGCACCAUUCUCCAGCAAGUUACAGUCCCUGUUUCAGGCAUGAUCACUAUCCCAGCAGCCAGUUUGGCAGGAGCACAGAUUGUUCAGACAGGAGCCAAUACCAACACAACCAGCAGUGGGCAAGGGACUGUCACUGUGACACUACCAGUGGCGGGCAAUGUGGUCAAUUCAGGAGGAAUGGUCAUGAUGGUUCCUGGGGCUGGCUCUGUGCCUGCUAUCCAAAGAAUCCCUCUACCUGGAGCAGAGAUGCUUGAAGAAGAGCCUCUCUAUGUGAAUGCCAAACAAUACCACCGUAUUCUUAAGAGGAGGCAAGCCCGGGCUAAACUAGAGGCGGAAGGGAAAAUUCCGAAGGAGAGGAGGAAAUACCUGCAUGAGUCCCGGCACCGUCAUGCCAUGGCACGGAAGCGUGGUGAGGGUGGACGAUUUUUCUCUCCAAAGGAAAAGGAUAGUCCCCAUAUGCAGGAUCCAAACCAAGCCGAUGAAGAAGCAAUGACACAGAUCAUCCGAGUGUCCUAACCCCAGGCCAUGUGAUGGAGCUGAUCAAAGUCCUGUUCCUCACCAGUUUCUCACUGUUCCAGGAAAUCGAUCAACUCAUCCAGUGGGACAUUGAUGAUCACAUUCUGCCCUUUUCUACAGGACAGAAACCACUUAGUUUUUAAUAAGUGGCUCAGUAUUACAAUUGCAGCGAUGCCUGGAAAAUUGAAGUUGCAAGCCUUUGUCUUACUCUUUCAGUCAGAACCUAUUUCACACUGUUGAUGCCACUGACAUUUCAUGGAUUCAGAUGAUGCAAGGAGACACACGCCAGCCCAGCAGUACUUAAAGCACUUAUGUUGACUGGUGAAGUCAGCCAUCUCAGCAGGGAAGAACAACCUUCUCAACCAAAACUGCAGUCAGGAAAGCAGCAGCCCACUCCUUCCCAUGGAAUUUAGACAGCAUUUAUCUCUCUGGUAGGGGAUCUCACACUGAGUAACUGAAUGGACGCUUUGUAUUCAGAGAUGGCUUCCAGGCAAGGAAGUUCUAUCUUGUGAUAUGGAAACAAUAAAUUCCUGAGGUACAUUCUUCUCAUCUGUGGUAAUAAUAAGAAUUUCUGUCUGCCCAGGUGGUAGGUUGAUAUUUCUGAACUCAAGCCAAGAAAAAGCUAACUCUGGGAUAGAAUGAUAAAAGACUGAAGCACUAAAAAUAUACAUUGCUGAAUCUCUUUUUCUAGCUUUGAAAAGUUGUGGUCUGCUUGUCCCUCUGUUGACUGGUCAUCUGGACCAUAGUACUUGCUGUGGCUACUUCUAAGACAACGUAGAGAGUAUUGGACCUUGAAACUGCCUUUCCUGAGUAGAGAACAAGACUAUUCAACAACUUCUUUAUUGAAGCACUGAGGACAUUUGUAGUAACUCCUAAAGGGAGAGCCAAACUAGAGAUUUUCAGUCAUAGACUUUGUGACAGCAUCUGGGGAACUGAAAGGUUCAUGUGUUUCAGCCUAGGAGGAGAGAGGGGGAGACGGAGAGAGAGAGUAGCAUGUACACCCAUAUGUUAUAGAGCGUAAUUCUCCAGUAGAUGGAUACCUGGAAUGGAUCAUUAAGAUGAAGAGAGUAAUUCACAUUUACUCUAGAACCUUUAAUAAGCACUGAAAGGAAGAAAUCUGAGAUUUGAUCCUUGACAAUUUCUGGAAAGCACUGAUCAGUCACGCUGUCCCGGACAGAGUCCAGGUUACCCACUAGAGCCUGAAGUGGAUGUUGGCUUCACUCCCGCAGCACAAUGCUAGCCCUAGAAAAGCAUUCUCAUUCUUCCCAUGGCAGCUGAUUCUUUGGUGCCAGUUUUCAUGUUUUCUCCAUAGGCCUUUUGCAGAAAAGUUUUCUCAUUGCAUCUGUAACUGUCAGAAUAAACUGCAGACUAGAAAUAGACAUGCCUGCAGGGUCAGGAACUGGGCCAUUGUUACCAGAAUGGGUUGUGCCUCAAAUCUAUUUCUUUUCUAGAUGGUGAGCCCUGAGAGAACUAAGGUAUUUCAGAAGAGUUGGCUGUCUUCUCUGGAAACAAGGAAAACCCAAUAAUUCUGAGGAACAUUGGGGUUAAAUACCAAGAAUAAAGAUUAGGUCUUUCUUAUUUGACUUCAGCUUAACUGUAUUAAGACAGAAAAUAAAUUAAGCUCUGUAAAAACACCACAAGAUGAGAUCAUUGUAAUGAUAGAGGUACAGAGCUAUGCAAAGGAAACAGGAAGUGGAAUCUUCCCAGUCCCAGGGAUCUGGUAAUCUAUCCAGGCUUCCAGAUGUCAAAGUGCUGAUCCUUUGGUAAGCUCACUAGAAACUUCUGGCUCUCUAUAAAUAGAGUUUCAGAUAUUAAUGUUAUUCAGUAAGUCCCAAGUUUUUCAGAGGAUAGAUUAUUAACAAUGAGGAAUUUAUAUUCCUUGGUUAAUCUAGGAGUGUAAGAUGCAGAGUUCAGAAAUUACUCAGAUCUGAGUGCUUAAGCCGCCAACAGUUAUGCUAUUUAUUUGUGUCUGUAAGUUUGUACAUAGUAAUGCCAGCCUUGUUGCUGAAUUUUUUAUUUGGGGGUGGGGGGAUGAGUUUGAAUUUUGUUUUGUUUGAAAUGCUUCAGUUGUCAUUUUGUCAUUGCAUUUCAAAUAGCUCAUGACCCUUUUCUUGUGGUCACUUUAGCACACCAUAGUAGCCCACAAAGUGGGGGCAGGAUAUUGACGUUCAGAUUUUUUUCUUUGUUACUAGUUCUUUUAUUCAUUUUUAUUUGUAACUCUAGUGAUGACUUCACAGAUGCAGAAUGAAUGGAUAAAUGAAUAAUUGGUUUAAUGCCUAGUUAUGCCACUUGAGUGUUUUUUUUUUUUGGCAGGAUAAUUUUAAGUGUAUAUAUUUUAACUGCACUGGUACAUUGAACAUGUCAGUGUCUAUACCACUGGACCAACAGAGCAUUUUGUGGCUAUAGGGUGCCUGAUAAUAAUGUCUUGAUUUUUCUUUGGGACUCAACUAUAUCGAAGGUUUUUCCCCUAGCGGUAUGGGGGGUACAGGUGAUCGAUCAUUGAUGUCAUUGCAAUUGUUAUUUUUUAAAAUAAAUUUAUAAAAACACCAAAAA